AGAACCAUUACGGAUCAUAACACGCUUGCCAAAUCCAAUGGCAACAGUCAUUUCCAUCGCCACCGUCUCGGGGAUUCUCGUUGUUUGCUAUACACUUUUAUUCUCCGGAGGUUAUCAGAGAGAUCAGUCCCUUCGUUACAGCGUCGUGGUCGAAGGCGGGAGUAAGGUGAGCCUGAUCCACGUGUAUACGUAUGAGGUUGAGUACAAUAAACCUGUUUCAGAAUUUAGAGCAGCGGGUUACUAUAGUGUGAAGUUGCAUCCUGGUCUAUCGGCGUACGCUGAUGAUCAUGACGGAGCAAGUACAUCACUGAAGAAGCUGGUGGAGACGGCUAAAGGGAGGAUUCCGAAAAUAAUGUGGAAAGAGACUGAAGUGAGGUUAAUAGCGACGUCUGAGAAGAUAUUGCUUAAAGAACCUGUUCAGGAAAGGUUUCUCAAAGUUACCAGAGGAGUUCUUGAAUCUUCUGGUUUCAUGUUUCGAGAUGAAUGGGCCUCUAUUAUCUCUGGAUCUGAGGACGAUGUAAAUGCUUGGGUUGUUACAAACCUUGCCUUGGGUUCACUUGGAGGCGAUCCUGUUAAAUUAAGACGAUUUGCUGAGGUUAUUGAGCCGUUGCAGGUAAAGGAUAAGAAGUUUACGACGGUGUCGAUCCAAGGCCUCGCCAAUGAGGGUAGAAAAACAGUAACAUUUCUGUAUUAGUAAUGUGACCUAACUAAUCCCAAAAACUAGCUCAAGUGAGAAUGAUUGCCACAUUCAAUAUAUAUUGCCCAAAGAUCUUUAUCCCAAGCAAUGUGGGACUUUGGAACUCUAAUACUCUGUUCUGUUGAUUACUAUUAUGAUUUUGAUUUUGAUUUUGA